AUGGCCGGCUCCACCAAGGUGCUGGCCGCCGUCCUGCUCGUCGACCUCGUCGCCUUCGGCCUCGCCAUCGGCGCCAUGCAGAGCCGCCCCUCGGUACAUUCCUCCUGCCGCCGUCUUUCUUUCCUACCUGCGUUUUCUUUCUCCCCUUUUCUGACGCGGGUGCCGGCGCCGCCACCGCUCUUCUCCUUGUUUGCCGUCCCGGCUCUGCAGGCGAGGCUGGAGACGGACGCGCGGCAGGAGUGGACCUACUGCGUGUACCGCACCGACGCCGCCACGGCGCUGGGUGGGGCCGCGCUCGCGCUCCUGUUCGUGGGACAGGCGGUGGCCGCCGCCGCCAGCCGCUGCUUCUGCUGCGGGUCCGCGCUGCGGCCCGGCGGCGCCCGGGCCUGCGCGCUCGUCCUCUUCCUCUCCUCCUGGGUGACAUUUGUCAUCGCUGAGGCGUGCUUGCUGGCUGGUCUGUUGCAAUCCGCCUACCACACUGGCUAUCGGACGGUCUUUUUCCAGAACCCGCCGGACUGCGAGACCGUGCGGAGGGGCACGUUUGGAGCCGGCGCUGCGUUUGCCCUUUUCACCUGCGUGCUCACCUCGGCCUACUACUACUACUACUUCUCCAAGGCGCGGAUCCACUACCACCGCCCGGAAGCCGCCAUCGGCAUGACCGCGUUGUAA